AUGCCCAGAAAGCCCACGCCAGCAGCCAAGCAGCGGGCCUGUGGUUUUGCAUCACAGGCAGGGCAAGGAGAAGACUUGGGAGAAGCCUUACUAUGGCUUUAUUUCAGACUCGCGAUUCAAUCACCAGAAUUAGCGGCGUUCCCUUCUCUCCGACAAUCCCACUCCCUCUCACAAUGGACAUUCCUUUGGUCAGACUGUCAAAAGUGGUACAAUGACCGCCCCGUAAACGUCAAGCAGAUUGUGGACAUUCGCGGUGGUGAAGCAGACCAUAUCGACCCAGAUCACGACUCCUCAUUCCCCAUUCUUAUUUACACGACACCCAUGGCGCUGGUCGCCAAUGCCGUCUAUCACAUGAUCUCCCUUCUGCUAUUAACACACAAGCCACGUCUUUUGAAAUCACUUCCCGGGCCUAGGUCUGUCACUUCUCACAUCUGGCAUGCACAAUCCAUCGCCGGUAUCGCAGCAAGCAACGAUUCACCAGAGCAAUGGGACCCAGUACUGGUUGCGAGUCUGCUCGUCAUUGCCAAGGAGAUGACCCAUGAAUCACAGCAGACAGUCAUACUGCAGCGUCUCGCCAAAAUCACCGCCACAACUGGAAUCAAACUCGACAGGGAGAGAGAGGCGCUACAAGCAGCCUGGAAUCUAGCGCGUUAUGAGGAAGAGUUUGAAGAUGAACAUGAGACGAUAUAA